AUGUACCCUUCACAAGAGUGGUCGUUCGCUACGGACGAAAAAGCUGGGCGAGAUUCGCGACCGCCAACUCAGCUUCCCCGACGAGACUCGAGCAGCCCAAGGCGGACAAGGGAUCGUUCCCCCAUGACCUGUCGUCGGCUUCUAUCGGCCCAUAGAAGACAUAAGGAUACCCGCUCUGAGCUUGAACAAGCCUUGUCGACGCAGAAUAGAUAUCUGAAGCAACUUCUUGAUAUCGAGAAAGAGCGGUCAUUGGUGGAGACUGAAAUCGCCGAAGUUCAAGAGAAUAUUGAUCGACGAAAGGCCCUGAUCCAUGAUUUCACUUCCGCAACAGAAAGUGACAGCAAGCGCCCCGAUAAGGAGCCGUCUGAACCAACAGACAACCUCACCAUAAUGAGCGAUGAAGCGUUGGAUACCGUAGUUUUCUCUCGCCAGAGCCCUGAAGAGCCCUACCAACAGCCAGGCGUGGGGACAACAUCGUUCUCUCCUCCUAGUACUGUUCAAACGGCAGAUUCCCGGAAUCCCAUCUCAAGAAUCUUGUCCAACUCGUCAACCAAAAACAAAACCAACGAGGAACGUCUGCGACGAGCCAAUCUCGACAUAAGCACCUUGCCUGCCGAGAUCGACCUUGCAUACGAAAACUGGCAAAAGAGGGCACUGGUGCUGAGCGAACUGAAACAUCUGCAUCGAAGAGUCGAGGUGAGGUAUCAGGAAACGGUAUCAGAUGUAAUUUGGGAAGCGACACGAGACUCUCAGGCGUAG